GUCUCCCCCCCUCCCUCUUUCCCCUCUCCCCCCUGCGGCCCCGGGCAGUGCCCGGGGCCCACCAGCACAGUUGGGGUCGCAGCAGCUCUCCUGACUCCAGGCAGUCGGCCGCAAUUUCUGGACAUGAAAGGAAGAAGAUGGAAUUGGGAGCUGAGAAAGAUGGAUAGCGUUUAGGAACGCUACUGAGGGGAAUAGCAACAGGAUUUUAAGACUUCUUAAAUGACCAUCAAAUACAAUGAACGAGGUGAAAGAAUUUCUCAGGAACAUCGAACAGAGUUACAAACUUUUCCAGCAACAGCAGUUCACUUUUAUUGCCGCCUUGGAACACUGCCGGGAGAAUGCUCACGACAAAAUCAGACCCAUCUCGAGCAUUAGUCAGGUACAGAACUAUAUGGAACAUUAUUGUAACAACAGCACUGACAAUCGGAUCCUUCAAAUGUUCCUGAAACUCUGUUCCGAGAUGAGCAAGCUCUGCCAACAAUUUGAAUCCCUGCACCCUGGAACCCCAGCCACCAACAACAUCUUGGAGAAAUGCAAAAUCCUUGUCAGCCAAAGCAAUGACCUGAGCAGCCUGCGGGCAAGAUACCCGCAUGAUGUGGUCAACCACUUGAGCUGUGAUGAGGCAAGGAAUCACUAUGGAGGAGUUGUGAGUCUUAUCCCUAUAACAUUGGACUUAAUGAAAGAAUGGAUUGCCCACUCUGAGAAAUUACCGCGUAAAGCAAUUCAACAUGUGAGUGACCAGGAGAGUGAACAGAAGAUAGCAGGAGACAAAAUUAGCUGCCACUGCGUUGCCACACAGACUUUGGCUAGCACAGAAAGAAAUAGGGACCCUAAGGGAGGGAAAACUGAAGGGAAAAUGAUCCGUCCUCCUUGGAGGCCACCUGGUGGACCUACCCUUUAA